UUUAAGGCCAGCCAGCGCAGCUGCCACUUCCAGUCGCGGCGUGCCCACACCUCAGGGAGGAACAUGGCAGCAGCUCAGGGAGCAGGAAGCAGUUCAGCCGGGCCAUCCGGGCUCCCCGGCUCUGCCCUGGGGCACAGCAGCAACUCCACAGCAGUGGCGGUGUGGGAAUGGCAGGAUGAAUUUGGCAGGUGGAGGCCGUACCGAGGGAACGUCUGCAGCUACAUUGAACAGGUUUUUCAGGCCUCUCAGCAGAAGGGCCGGCGUUCGGGCUCGGGGCUUGUCAGCAGCAUCCCUUUGGGACAUGCGGAUCCCGUCUUGGCUCCCUAUGUCAUCGACAUCCCAAGCUUGACGCAGUUCCGGCAGGAUACAGGGACGAUGCGGGCUGUCCGCAGGCACCUCUUCCCCGGGGACUCCGCUGCUGGGCAGGGCAUUGUCUGGGAGUGGCAGAACGACGAAGGCGGGUGGUCCCCCUACGAGAUGAACGUCUGCGUGUUCCUGGAGCAAUCCCGUGCCACCAACCACCAGCGAGUGGAUCUCGGACCCUUGGGCUACAACUACGAAGUUGACUUUGUGGCUCAAGUCCAGACCAACAAGACCACGCGAUUCCGCCGCAGCGUUCAGAGGCGCUUGGACGCCCCGUACCCGGUGUCCACCUCCCCUGCACCCCUUCACCCAGGGGUGGCUUGCUCCUGCCAGCAGUGCUGGCUGAACAGUGGGACUGGUCCCAUUACCACGCGCUACCGGCACUCCAUGACAAACUUUCCCAACUCUUCCACUACUCAUCAGGUUUCCGGUAGGACAGCAUCAGUAAGUUCUUCCAGUGUCAGCUUUGUGCCCUAUAACAAACCGACUUUGUCUGGAGCAAGGUCAACACCAAGACUCAAUGUACAGAGCACGUGGGCUUUACCUCAACCUGGAGGCCCCAGCACAGGACUGUCUGCAUCUAACGGAGUCAGCGCCCCGAACCUGCCGGUCAGGAUGCCCAAAGCCAGCAAGGUGACCCAGGCCCUGGCAGGCUGGCAGAAGAGCCCGGCAGCCUCUCUGAUGGGCCUGAUGACCACAACACCAACCGAGCCGGAAGCAGUGGUGAAGAAGUACCUGGAAGAGCUGAAGGGCUCUCCUGCUGAUGAGGACUGUAUCAUCUGCAUGGAGAAGCUGUCCUCGCCCUCAGGUUACGGCGAUGCGUGCGAGUGCAGCACGAUCAAACCAGAGACGGUCGGCCGCCUGACAAACUGCCAGCACUCCUUCCACAUGCUCUGCAUGCUGGCCAUGUACUCCAACGGGAACAAGGAUGGGAGUUUGCAGUGCCCCUCUUGUAAAACCAUCUACGGAGAGAAAACUGGGACUCAGCCCAAGGGGAAGAUGGAGGUCUCCACUUUUCCCCAGUCCCUCCCUGGCCACAAGGACUGUGGGACGAUCCAGAUUGUGUAUCACAUCAGCAGAGGCAUCCAGGGCCCUGAGCACCCCAACCCCGGGAUGCCUUACACAGCCAGGGGCUUUCCUCGCUACUGUUACCUGCCAGACAACGAGAAGGGCAGAAAGGUCCUGGAGCUCCUGAGGGUGGCCUGGAAGAGACGCCUGAUUUUCACCGUGGGCACCUCCAGCACCACCGGCGAGAGCAACACGGUGGUGUGGAACGAGAUCCACCACAAGACGGAGAUGGACACGAACCUGAGCGGCCAUGGCUACCCUGACCCCAACUACCUGGACAAUGUGCUGGCGGAGCUGGCCGCGCAGGGCGUCACCGAGGACUGCCUGCGACAAUGAGUCGGGGGGGCCCGGCUGUGCCGCGCGUGUCGGGGGCCCACCUAGUGCACUUACUCCUGUUGCCUUAAGUUCCUGUGUCCGAGCGCCUGUCGCGCUGAGCAAUAACACUGUGCCGCGGGAG